AGCAAAGACCAGUGUCAAUACUGUCCUAUAGGGCACUUUUGCAGUCAAUUGGGGCUGACAGACUUGAACCAAGCUCAACUCUGUGACCCGGGGUACAUCUGCUAUGCUGGAAGUACUGUGCCUUGUCCUUCGGAUGGCAUUCAGGGUUACAUGUGUCCCACUGGUGUCUGCUGUCCUCCUGGUACAAUCAGUGAGUUACCCUGUAAUCCUGGUACAUACAAUCCAUUUGCUGGAGCUGGAAUUUGCUUGCCUUGCCCUGCUGGCACUAUGUGCAUCAACAGCAGCACAGUCGAACCUGUCAUCUGCCCCAGAGGCUACUACUGUUUCUCAAAAACAAGUGUUCCAUUGCCAUGCCCAGAAGGGACGUACAAUACAUUGGACGGUGCCUCCUCCACUGAUGCAUGUGUAAGCUGUCCAGCUGGCUUAUACUGCCAAGGUGUGGCAAACUCUGAGCCUGAUGGUCCAUGCAUGGGAGGAUACUACUGCCAGGGAAGAGCAAAAGGUCCCGUACCACAUACUGAUCCAGUAUUUCCAAUGAAUGGUCCUUGUGCUGUGGGUUAUUAUUGUCCAACAGGCACCAAAGCACCAAUUCCAUGCCCAGUGGGAACAUUUAAGAAUACAACUGGAGGAGCUUCAAUAGAAUCCUGCGCACCAUGCUACUCUGGCUAUUACUGUGCAAGGGAAGGUCUGAGCCAUCCCAGUGGGCUAUGCUCUUCUGGGUUUUACUGUCCUGCCAAUCACACCCCAGUCACUCCAUAUGGUUUCUUCUGCCCACAGGGACACUUUUGCCCCAAAGGUUCAGGGACUCCGAUCCCAUGUCCAGUGGGAAAAUAUCAACCAAAUUCACAUUCCAGUGUGUGCAUCCCAUGUCAGGCAGGCUUUUACUGUGAUAAAGUUGCAACAGUAGAGCACAAACCCUGCCCACCUCAUUUUUACUGCCCAGAAGGUACCCAGAUUCCCAUUCCUUGUCAUCGUGGAACAUUCACCUGGGAGGAAAUGUCAGGUUUGAAGGAAGAAAAGCAAUGCCUACCUUGUCCCACUGGCAAAUACUGCAGUGAGGGAAGGAUUCAAGGAAAUUGUGCUGCUGGCUACUUCUGCCUUGCUGGCAGUUUUAAUUUUACCCCUCAGGGAAUUCUCCCUAAUGCCUCAACUGACCAUAAUCAAUGUAAGUGGGGCCAGGCGUGUGCUGGACCGUGUCCUGCAGGUUUCUUUUGUCCUGAGGGGACUGAAGUAACCAAACCCUGCCCAGAGAAUACAAUUAGAUUACUGCCUGGUGGCAGACAGCAAGAGGACUGUCAGCCGUGCCCACCUGGAUAUUGGUGCAAGGAAGGUGAUCCCGUUCUUUAUCGCUGUCCUGCUGGUUAUUUCUGUGACGGAGUUAUCCAGGCCCCAUAUGUGUUUCCUGGUGGACCCAAGAAGUGCCCGGUCCACACGUAUUCCAAUGUCAGUGGAGCAGCCAGUCAGGCAGUGUGCCAGACCUGCCCUCCAGGAUACCUCUGCAAUGAAACAGGACUAACCACCUAUGAAAAUUACAAAUGCCCGCUGGGGUAUUGGUGCCCUGGGAAAGGGGGCCACAUGCCCUGUCCUGGUGGAACAGUGGGAAACAAGACCGGAAACGCCUUUUACAAGGACUGUCAACCAUGCCCACCGGGUUACUACUGUCCUGAUCCAAGACAAACUGGUGAACCAAGCAUCAAUGGAGUACCUUGUCGAGCUGGAUAUGAGUGCCCUGAAGGUUCAGUAAGUGAGGUUUUGUGCAGAGCAGGGUCCUAUUGCAGUGCCAUGACAGGGGUCGCAACCAUGUGCCCCAGUGGUUAUUUCUGUCCACUUGGAUCCCACACGUACAAUACUCCAGACCAAUUGUGUGUGUUCCCAUAUUUCUGUCCUGCUAAUAGUUCUUCGAUGCUGCCUUGUUAUGGAGGGUACAUGCCAAUCAACGUGACAGGGUUGAGGGAUCACCUGGUGAAAGCUUGUCUGAUCUGUGAGGCUGGAACCUAUCGGGGAGACUCCACUACUGAACUGUAUUGCAGACCAUGUCCGGCAGGUUACCAUUGUCCAAAGGGUUCUGCAAGCUACUUGUCGCAUCCCUGUCCACUGGGCUACUAUUGUGCUGAGAAGACCACAUUGCCGGUACCUUGCCCCCCAGGAACAUACAGAAACACCAGCUGUGCGAAGCAUCUCCGUGAAUGCUACCCAUGUCCUGAAAACACAUUCAAUCAUCUAUACGCACAAAGAGCUUGUUUUCAAUGCGGAAGCACUUCCUACUCAGGACUAGGCUCCACAACAUGCAAGUGCCAUGGCUUGAAUCGGGCUUUCCAGGAAUCAGAUGGGUCAUGUAUUUGUAAGAUUGACUAUGUUUACUACAAUGAGGCAGAUCAGAAAAGCUCAAACAGCAACAGCGGCAUGGACUGUCACCCUGAGGUGGUUGAUUGUUGCAGCACCAAUGAGGCACGACUGGCAUCAUCGAGAAGAUGUGUUGUCCCUGAGCACUAUAACUGCACUCCAGUGUGUGGAGAAAGUGGGGGAAAGCUGGACGUGGAACUGGGAAUGUGCCAUUGCAAUAAAUACAUCUCUGCUGAGGAGCUCUGUGACAGGGUUUGUGUGGUUGGAACCCCAAAUAUCUCUGCAAGUAUCCGAACUACUGGAGAGUUUGUUUUAACCAUUCAGAAUGGAAUGGCCAGGCACCAGAAAGAGUGGGUUGUUGCAGAAGUGUUUGGUCCAGAUGAACACAUUUCCUACAGUCCGAGAGUCCAGUUCAUCCAGUUUGAGCCUGCUGGAAUUUUUGGUUGGAUUUUGACUGGGAGGAAUGCAGUUGACCAGUUCCUAGCAGAGCCAAAGCAGCCUGAAAUGUCUGAAAAUCCACAAUAUCAGCCAAAAGCACCAGGAUACUUACAAAGGACCACUUCUCGAGAGUUGCAUGGAGGAGUUCACAAAAUUCCAAACCCCAUUGUCUGCCUAAAACCAAAUGACUUGAUCCUCUUCAAGCUCAACAUCCAAGAGAGAAAUCGUAGUUUGAGUCACUACCCUGUUUACCAGAAAGACCACCUGUUCAACACAAAUUCAGAGUGGGAUUUUGGAUCCUUCAGGAAGUUGGAUUAUUUCAUUAGGGAAACCAAUUUCAACAUUACCAGAUUUGCACAUGCUUUCAUGGAACCUGGGAAGUACGUCUUUCAUGACAAUGCAGAAGCGGAUCGGGCCCUAAUUGUAAGUGUCAGCAGGUUUGGUGCAGAGUGUGAUGCUUUGUCGCUCCAGCCUUCCUCCCCCUUCCAGCUUUUGAGACAUGGAAUUCUAAAACGGCAAAAUCUCAACCUGACACCUGAUUGGGUCCUCAUUAUAGGAACCCUUAGUGUCCUUGCUGUGAUGACUGCGCUGUUCACAGUGGCAACCCUGAUGUUGAAGCCCAUUCAGUCCUCAUUAAACCCCAUACAGAAGUGGAAACCAAAAUGGCGCAGUUUGGGAGAACCUUAUAUCCCACCUGAAUGUGUCAUACUGAGAGACAGCUUGGAUUUUUACGAAGCUCUUGGGCCUCGAGGUGCUGGAGAAGGAGCAGAAGCAGAAGAGGAAUCAACCUACGUCAUAGCUAAAAGACAACAGGAGACUGAACUGGAGGAUUUUAGUGUCCGCACUCUGUUUGAUAAACUCGAGGACCAGAACCUUCACCUUGCUUCUCAGCUGAGUAAACAGAAGAGUGACCUACAGGCAUUUUAUCGACACAUCAGCCAACGAAUUAACGAGCUAAAGGAAUUGUUAGAAUACUUAAACCCUUACAAAUGCCAAAAUAUGGAAGGAAAAUGGAUAACAGUAGACAAGCUGGAAACCACAACUACAGCUAAUGCUGAAGCUUUGGAUAUAAUGAAAGGAGGAAGAUCAAGUCAGCAACUUGAGGAACUAUUUUUUAAACUACAUACCUUGGUUUGUAAAAUCAACUCUGGACACAUUACUAUCUCCAAAGAAAUGAUUGAAAAGGCACAAGAACUGUAUGGGUCUCCAGGUAGUUCGGCUGUACCCACUCAAGACAAGAUAGAACUAGAGAGAGCAAAUCAUGUUGAUAGUGCAACAAUAUCAAGCACUGUUCAAAUACGAGGAACACGUUCAUCUUUGACGAAAGCAGAAGUGUCAAUGCCUGAUUCAACCCGUCCUUACAGUGAGAAACUAACUGAGAUCCUACUCUCCUCUUCUCUUCUGAAAAGACUGGAAGAGAUUAAACAAACAUUAAUAAAACAUCAGCAUGACAUCAAAGCAGAAAGCUGUGAUGAUCUACCAGAUGCCAUUCCAUUGAGUGACAGUAGUCUCCUUCCAGCUGAUUUGGGCAACCUGAGCCCACGCCACUUUGUGAUCUACAGAUUUGGGUGCUCCAUCACCCACCUACUCUGCAAUAACUGUCACCAUACUCCAUUAACCCUUCUCAUGGCGGAUAGUGUUCCCAAUGAACAAGGCAUCCACUGCAAAAAUAGGUCAUAUACCAAUGGCUUUUACUUUGAUGCUAACAACAGGAUACUAUACAUCAGAACAACCUGGCUCGACAGUGUAGGAGAGUUUAUUGUUCUCAUUCUGCAUGUAAUGGCACACAUUAAAGCUGGAAUCCAAAUAAAUGACGAUCACCCUAUCUUUACUGAGGAGUUUGAUCGCACAGUUGCCACCCUGGGCACCACCCUGUUCCUAGUGUUCUGUGACACCACUUCUCCUGUGACAGAAGAGCACCAAGAUACUGAAAUAUUGGACUCUGAAAACUGGGAAAAAAAUAAACAGGUUCCUUCCAUUCAAUCAAUCUUUGAAGAUCUUAUUCAUAUCAAAGUGCCACCUGAAACAAAGUUUACGGAGGAAAUUCUAAAUGAAAGACUUAAGAAAUACACAAUCUUUAAACUGCAUAAUGUGCUACAACAAAUCCUGAGGUCAACAGAAAUGUACAGAGGACUCUCAGUCCAAAAAGCAAGAAGGAUGAUUGAUGUGACUUCUGCCAUCAGUACUGAAACAGUGGAAUCUGAUGAUAAAGAUAAAGACCUUCUGGAAUCUAACACACAGAUCAGAAUUCUAAAAUUGGAGAAUGAAGUGGAUAAAAUGAAUGAAGAAUUUUCUCUGUGCACAACAAAGAUUGCAGAGUACAACCAGCAGAUUAAAUAUUUCGAGCAGCAGCUAAGGAUCCAGGAUAACUUUGUACAGGAGCACAUUGGCAGAUCUGAAAGGCCACCAGAAGAUUUCAACAACUUGUCGAGAAAUCUCGCACAAGCCCGACACAGAGUGUCAAUUCUGCAUCUACAAAAAUGUUGUGUAAUGAACAGGCUGUCAGAACUGGAGCCUAAGUUAGUAGAUCUUUACACAACACUGGGAACCAACCUCUCCAGCACCUCGACCAUGAGAACCAAACAACGGUCAGAACAUGGUUGUAAAGUCAAGGAAGAUGAAUGCAUAAACCACAUAGUGUAAAGCAUAUAUCAUUAUUAUCAUUUUGUAUAUGGAGAAAAAUAGAUUUUCCAUCCAUCCCCUUACUUAUGGUCUGAAGAACUCCUGAACCUUCAUCUUUCCUAUCCAUACUAAGUCAUCCAUCUGGCAGCAACCUGACCCUGUUAAUUAGAGAAGAGGAAUGUUUAAGUCCAUCAUGAAUUCUGAAAGUCUAAUGCAAUUUAGAAUGCAGCAUGCAUUUUGCACUGUUUACGGGAUCUAUUAAUUUACCUUAUUUCUCAAUUUUAUACUGACACCAACUUGUUUGGCUAUAGUAGAACCCUCAAAAUUGAGAGAGAGAAUCUAAGGGCAUGUGCCCUUGUUAAUGGAAUAUGAUGAUGUCAACAAUGAGUUCAACAUUAAUUUACUUAAGUCAAAAUAUAAGUUAAUUACAUGAUCCUGGUGAGGAAGCCACUUUUGGAGAUAGCCCUGUUUCUUUGGGAGCACAAGAAAUAAAAGAUUAAUCAUAUAAUAAUUUAAUAUUGAUAUAUGCGAGGCCUAGAAGGAAAGGUUUUAUCAUUUCAACCCAAGCCACUUUCACUUAUAAAGGGGCAUCUGUUCAAAGACACUCAGUCACCAUUCUUAAAUGUUACUUUUUGUCAGAAAUAUCAUUGAGUAACUGGUGUUUAAUUUUCAUCUUCAGAGAUUAUUGGUUUAUAAAGCCUCUGUUUUUGUUGUGUUUUAACUCUUUCAUUGGCCUAUUGAGAUUCAGACUUAAAGUUUAGGUUCCAAUAGUGGUAUCCUUUUAUAGUAAUUUGUUGAUAAUUUAUUUUGGGAUGAGUGCUGCCUUCACUUCCUGGUUUUAUUCCCUUGGGCAAUUGUCCAACUACAGCAGAAGGUGUAGUCAUGUAAACAAAUUUCAUAGGCUUCUGCAAGAUUAAUUCAAGCUUCCACCCAGACGUUGCACAUGAGGAGUGGGAGGAGACAGUGUCCCUUUUCUUUCUCUUUCUAUUUUGAGAGGAGGAGAGAUAUAAGCGCUUCGAAGCUUAACUUGGCCUCAUCACUACAGUGAACCAAGACCAAGAAUUCAAAGCACAUAUAAUUGCAGCUUCUAUACUCUUUCACAAGCUCCCCUGCAGUAUUGUUCCUUUUGCUCUGCACAGUGUCCUGUUUCUAUUCUCCACUCUUUAGAGUCUGUACCUUUAAGUAGUCCCACCUUUCAGUUUGCUAGGACUGGCUGUUCCUUCAGCCAUCAUGAUCUUGCACUCUAGUAUUCUAUCCCAAAAUCCAUACACCCUAUAAACCUCCCCCCACCUCCAACCUUACUUCAAACAUUCCUUCAGUUUCCUCUCCUAACCAGGUCCUUUUUUUAGAUGUCUGACAUUGGCUGCUGCUGUCAUGUUGUGUAUGGGACAGUUAUUUCUGAUGGUCUCUGACAACAAAAGGUGGUGAGUGGAUCGAAACAUGAACUUGCAAAAAAUAAACACAUUUGGAUUUGUUCUGUUUCAAAUCAGUUUGUCUUCCCAACUGCUGUGCUUAAACUGAAACAUUGCAUACUAAUGUAAUAUUGUGAAGAGUUUGGAUUCUGCUUAAAACCUUCUCCAAACUUAUUUUGUCUGUUGGAUUUGAAGGUAGGGAGCAAUAUAGUUAUUACAAUAUUC